ACUAAAAACACAUUACAUUUCUACAUAGAGUAGUUUAACUGCAGAAAAAAAAGAGAAAAAACAAGACAGAGGACCUGAAUAGGCAUUUUUCCAAUGAAGACACACUGAUGGCCAGCAGGCACGUGAAAAGAUGCUCAUCAUCCCUAAUCAUCAGGGAACUGCAAAGCAGAACCGCCAUGAGAUACCACCUUACAACUGUUAGAAUGACUGUUAUCAAAAAGAGAUAACAAAUGCUGCUGAACAUUUGUUUGGCCUUUGUGUCUUGCCAUUCCUCUGAAGAACAGAAGACACCUGUACAACUGUACCCUUUGCCUUGCAUUCUUUGAGCAAAAUGGAUAUACCAAAUCCUCCAACUUCCAAAUGUAUCACUUACUGGAAGAGAAAAGUUAAAUCUGAAUACAUGCGACUUCGGCAACUUAAACGGCUUCAGGCGAAUAUGGGUGCAAAGGCUCUGUAUGUAGCAAAUUUUGCAAAAGUUCAAGAAAAAACCCAGAUCCUCAAUGAAGAAUGGAAGAAGCUUCGAGUCCAACCUGUUCAGUUGAUGAAGCCUGUGAGUGGGCAUCCUUUUCUCAAAAAGUGUACCAUAGAGAGCAUUUUCCCGGGAUUUGCAAGCCAGCAUAUGUUAAUGAGAUCUCUAAACACGGUUGCAUUGGUUCCCAUCAUGUAUUCCUGGUCCCCUCUCCAGCAGAACUUUAUGGUGGAAGAUGAGACAGUUUUGUGCAAUAUUCCCUACAUGGGAGAUGAGGUGAAAGAAGAAGAUGAGACUUUCAUUGAGGAGCUGAUCAAUAACUACGAUGGCAAGGUCCAUGGUGAAGAAGAGAUGAUUCCUGGAUCUGUCCUGAUUAGUGAUGCUGUUUUCCUGGAGUUGGUAGAUGCUCUGAAUCAAUACUCAGAUGAGGAGGAAGAAGGGCACAAUGACACCUCAGAUGGAAAGCAAGAUGACAGCAAAGAGGACCUGCCGGUAACAAGAAAGAGGAAACGACAUGCUAUUGAAGGCAACAAAAAGAAUUCCAAGAAACAGUUCCCAAAUGACAUGAUCUUCAGUGCGAUUGCCUCAAUGUUCCCUGAGAACGGUGUCCCAGAUGACAUGAAGGAGAGGUAUCGAGAGCUUACAGAGAUGUCAGACCCCAACGCGCUCCCCCCUCAGUGCACACCCAACAUCGAUGGCCCCAAUGCCAAGUCUGUGCAGCGGGAGCAGUCCCUGCACUCCUUCCACACACUCUUCUGCCGCCGCUGCUUUAAAUACGACUGUUUCCUUCACCCUUUUCAUGCCACCCCUAAUGUAUAUAAACGCAAGAACAAAGAAAUCAAGAUUGAACCAGAACCAUGUGGGACAGACUGCUUCCUUUUGCUGGAAGGAGCAAAGGAGUAUGCCAUGCUCCACAACCCUCGCUCCAAGUGCUCCGGGCGUCGCCGGCGAAGGCACCAUGUGGUCAGUGCGUCCUGCUCCAACACUUCAGCCUCUGCUGUGGCUGAGACCAAAGAAGGGGACAGUGACAGGGACACUGGCAAUGACUGGGCCUCCAGUUCUUCAGAGGCCAACUCUCGCUGUCAGACCCCCACAAAACAGAAGGCUAGCCCCGCCCCACCUCAGCUCUGUGUAGUGGAAGCGCCCUCGGAGCCUGUGGAAUGGACCGGGGCUGAAGAAUCUCUGUUUCGAGUCUUUCAUGGCACCUACUUCAACAACUUCUGUUCGAUAGCCAGGCUUCUGGGGACUAAGACAUGCAAGCAGGUCUUCCAGUUCGCAGUCAAAGAAUCACUUAUCCUGAAGCUGCCAACAGAUGAGCUCAUGAACCCCUCACAGAAGAAGAAGAGAAAGCACAGGUUAUGGGCUGCACACUGCAGGAAAAUUCAACUGAAGAAGGAUAACUCCUCCACCCAAGUGUACAACUACCAGCCCUGCGACCACCCAGACCGCCCCUGUGACAGCACCUGCCCCUGCAUCAUGACUCAGAACUUCUGUGAGAAGUUCUGCCAGUGCAACCCCGACUGUCAGAAUCGCUUUCCCGGCUGUCGCUGUAAGACCCAGUGCAAUACCAAGCAGUGCCCGUGCUACCUGGCGGUGCGAGAGUGCGACCCCGACCUGUGUCUCACCUGUGGGGCCUCGGAGCACUGGGACUGCAAGGUGGUUUCCUGCAAGAACUGCAGCAUCCAGCGUGGCCUCAAGAAGCACCUGCUGCUGGCCCCCUCAGAUGUGGCCGGAUGGGGCACCUUCAUUAAGGAGUCUGUGCAGAAGAACGAGUUCAUUUCUGAAUAUUGUGGCGAGCUCAUCUCUCAGGAUGAGGCCGAUCGACGAGGGAAGGUGUAUGACAAAUACAUGUCCAGCUUCCUCUUCAACCUCAACAACGAUUUUGUAGUGGAUGCUACCCGGAAAGGAAACAAAAUUCGAUUUGCAAACCAUUCAGUGAACCCCAACUGUUACGCCAAAGUGGUCAUGGUGAACGGGGAUCAUCGGAUUGGGAUCUUUGCCAAGAGGGCAAUUCAAGCUGGCGAAGAGCUCUUCUUCGAUUACAGGUACAGCCAAGCUGAUGCCCUCAAGUACGUGGGGAUCGAGAGGGAGACCGAUGUCCUGUAGGCCUCCUGGGCCCCUCGCCAGCGCUUGUGGUAGCGGCACUGCCCUGCUUUCAUGCACACACCACUGCUGCUCGAGCUGCCUGCGCUAUGUGUCUCCCACACCGAGAAACCCCCCACCCGCUCCCUCUGUAGUGAGGCCUCAGCUGUGUCCAGUGGGGACAAAACUGACUCAGUGAGAGGGGAGACAGAGGCAGCUGGGGCUUGGGCUCCCGGGAGAGAGAGUUGUACGAGUGGGAGCCUGCAUCUCAGGCCUCGGAGGAAGAGAGCCCAGUCUGUGGGCGGGUAGCUCAUGCCUGAGUUCUUACCAGCUACCCAGGCUGUGGGCCUCAGGAGUCAACUUGGAUGGUUCCAAACAAGCACUAGCCUAGCUUUCCGAAUCAAGAGUCCUUCUGUAGUCGGGUUGCCAGCAUAUCUCUCUGUCCUGAGACCUGGAGAGGACAGGCUAAGUGAAGUUUGGUACCUGGAGCUUGUGAGUGGUCAGGGUUAAAGGCGAGCCUGGCGGGGAGCAGAGGCUGAAUUCAGAGGGGAGAUGGGUCACCUUACUACCUCUUUCCUCCUGACAGGCUGCAAACUGAAGGAGUGUGGAUUCUCAGACAGAUAUUCAGUGCUGGGAGAAGGAAAGCCAGGGGCUGUCCUUCCGCAGACAUAGCGUGAGAACCAGCCUGAUGACAGUAAUUAAACUCCUAAGCUUGGGGCCCAGCAGGCUUUGAGAAAACGUCUCUGUAUACUCUGGAGAUGGAUAGAUAGGUUUUCUGAUUCCUGGGAGCAAGUGCCAGUGCCCUGUAAAGUUCUGGCUUAGCGACUGCAGGCAGGCAUUACGCCGCCACUGAAGAACUGGAGGGGUUGUGUGGCUAGGGUGUGAUGCUCUGGUUCCCUGCAGAUGCAGUUGUUUUCAGGCCUUUCAUUCCCCUUAGAGUCUGGGCCCGCAGGACCACUCUUGUUCCUCUCUUCCGGGUAGAGGGGUGUGCAGGCCUGGACUAGAGAGGGGGAAGGUUGUUGGUCGAUUUCUUUCCUGUCUGUAGCCCCUGCUGUUGGAAAGGAUGAGUUGAUAGUAUGUGUUUGGAGGUGGGCAAGGAGCUCCCGCAUUGCACGUGUCUGGGGUGGUAUCACGCGUGCAGUGCGGACGGGCAGAGUGUACUUGAAGUGUCGAGAAGAAGUAGGCUGGCCGCUUGUGCCAGUUCAUGGUGCCAUUCUCUCUGGGAUUCAUGCAAAGCAAAGCACUUUAUUUCCUUUAGAAGGUCUGUAGAUUGAGGGGGAGUUCCCACUAAGGUCUCUGGGGUCCCUGCCCAAGUCUCGUUCCUGAGGGGGGGGAAGGAGACGGUGGAAGGUUCUCCUCCAGUUCUGUCUCGUGUCCUAGUGGAGGCAGGAGGAGCUGCCUUGAAACAGAAGAACUGAGUGAGAAUGGCACCAGCUCUCAGAGCCGCCCCCGUGUCUACGGCUGGCGCUGAGCCACAGGGCACGGGGAGCAUUGUGCUGGGGAACAGACGCGGGCAGGUACAGACUGGCCUGUGGAGUGUUAGAUGAGGGAGUGGGCUUCUCCCUCCUCUCUGGGGCAGUCAGAGCCUCCCUGCCCCAGUCUGUGCUGAGCACCUCCUUUCUUUAAUUCCACUGGCCGUCCCGUGAAGCAAGGAGUCGGGUUCCCUCUGGCCAAACUGUCGCCUAGGGGUUUUUGUGGGACAUGCGCACGUGUGCGUGCACACAUACACACACACACACUCACGGACUCACACGCUCACAUCCUCUCACCACACUUGUGGGCACACGUGCACCCAGCACUGAGCACACGCCCAGCCAGGUCCUGACAGGAGUCUCUUCCCCCCAGGUGGGCCAGCGCCCACCGUGAUUCUGAAAUCUGCACCUGCUGUGGUCUGUAUGCAUUGUGUACAGUGGACACCCGCUAGCUGGACUGUGGGCUCCAAACUACUCGUAAAUUAUAGGGAAAAACCAGAGACAGGUGAAGGAGGAAGAGUCAGUGCUGUCUGAAAUGCCGGGGGCUGGCUGUGAGGAGUAGGUGGGGAAAAAAGUACAUCCAGCCUUUGAGAGGCUAGACGGACCCCACCCUCCCCUCCGGUGUGCAGAAUCACUGUGGUUGACCCCUUCCUUCCCCAGUGUCAGACCACUACUACUGCUGUUCCUCCAGCAUCCCCAGCUUUCUCCUCUGCUCUCCCCCACCUUUCAAUGACGGGUCUGAACCCCUCCCCCCCAGACACGUAAUGAUGAAUGGAGCAAGGUGGUGGGGACCGGUGGGGGAGGCUGGUAUAUGUGCGGCUCUAUUGCCAGUGAAUUUCACGCACUUUAAAGUCCUGUGGCUUGUGACCUCUUAUCUGAAUAAAGUGGUAGAAUCCAUUUGGGCAAGUUGUGUACUGUGUGCUUUGGGGUCUAGGGAUGGACCCUGGAAGGACCCAGGGAUGGCAAUACAGGGGCAGCUCGGGCCGAAGCUUUGGCAUUCUGAUCUCCGCUUGUCCACGGAGAUCUGGGGUUGGGGGAGAUCUGGGAUUGGGGGUUGGCAAGAGCCAAGCAGGCUUCCAGUAGGUGAUGCAGGGAUUCUGAGUGCUUCCGUAGAGAUUCUGGAGCCGUCAGAUUCAUUUCCUUAAAAUCAUCCCGCUUACACCCCAACCAUGAUGCCAGCUACCACACACAGACUGGGGCUCUGUCACUCUGCUUUAUUAGAACAGCUCCGAAUCUGACAGCAUAGCUUCAGAGUGGAGGCUGGAUCAGGCUUGGGUGAGUGACCAGCAGACCUCAUGAGACUUCCAACACAGGAGAAGCACACUACAGACUGUGGGCACAGGACAGGACAGUCGAUUGAUUUUUUCUUUUAUAUAUAAACUAAUAAUUUAAAAAAUUAGAGUAAUAUGUAGAGUUUCUCUAGAGAGAGAAUUUGCAACAAAAAAUAUAUAUAAAGAAUAUGACCUCCUGGGUAAAUGAAGCAGCAUCUCUGAGCGGAGGAAAGAGGGCUCCUCAUGCAUUGGAGAGGGGGGCCAAGCCUUUGGACAGGCACCAAGGCUAUUGCAUAUCUUGGAAGAGGGAGGAAGAGUAGAGGGUUGGCUAGUCAGUGUGUCUGCAUUAUUCUCUCUACAUUGCAAGUUUUUUAUGGCUUUGGCCAAAGCAUGUAAAGCAGCGGAGGUACUAAGGUGCUAAACUGAGGCCUCUCGGUCUCUGUAAAAAACAAAAAAUGGGGGGUGGGGGACAGCGAUGAAGCCCUCCCUAACCCCCAACUGAGUGGAAGCAGAUGGAAGGUGUUCUGCAGGGGAGCGGAGAGGCUGGGGGGUAUGAUUUAGCAGCUUUCUACCCCCAUACCCUGUGCAUCCCUGCAAU